AUGGAGUCUUUGCGGAGCAAAAUAGAAUACUUAAGGUAUCAGAAUGAAAAUGCUCACGGCAGACACUUCAUCCCUCAUGAAGAUUUUGUUCAGCUCAUGACCAGAGAGAACGUGCACGAUGUUCUUGAGGAAAGCAGCAUCGAGCGCUAUAGUAUCGAAGAGACUGCCGAGACGAUAUUCAAGAGGGCGGCGAGAAUAUUUGGCAUUCUUGUUCUCACCGGGCAGCCAGAGUUCAUUUUAAGAUUUAUCAAGGGUGGAGGGCAUCAGCGGUCAUGCCUGGAUGACAAUCUCCCCUACAGCCUUGACACUUUGCUUGGCAUCUUUGAGGACGACAUCAUGGCGAGAAAAUUCCACGAGAGGCAGAAAGAGUUCGCAGUACCCAUAUUUGAUAGGAGCGCAUUGCCUCGAGAUGUGAAGGCCGAAAUUACGAUGCCAUUCCUGGAAGACUGUCACAUCGGGAGUGGUGGCUUUGGGAACGUCUAUAAGAUCAAGAUUUCGCCGUCUCAUCAGCAUUAUGAUCCAUCGUCUGAUUGGUUCGUCAGAAAAGAGUUUCGACCAGAAUGCGGCAAGGAGGACUUUGAGAGAGAGUUGCGCAAUCUUUCCAUGCUCAGACUCCUGCGCCAUCCGCACAUGGUAGAGCUACUGGGAGUCUAUACGUAUCGCGGGAUGCACAACUUUGUUUUUCCUCUUGCUAGUCACGGCACUCUCGCCGAGCUAUUUCAGAGCGAGCAAACACCACAAUUUCAAUUGAGCGAGGACUUUCUUGUCGCACUGGCAGGACUGGGCUCCGCCAUCUGCGCUAUGCACGAGUAUUCCUCAGAAAAUCUACGAGCAAUUGGCUGUCAUCAUGAUCUGAAGCCUUCAAACAUCCUGGUAGAUCAAUCAAAAUUCAUCCUUGCAGACUUCGGUCUCUCGAGGCUCAAGGAGUUGUCACAGACAUCUGCAAGUCUCUCAAAAGACGCUAGGGGAGAUUAUCUAGCUCCAGAGUGUGAAGAUCUGGAGGCAGAUUGUGAGAAGGGUAUUGUUCAUCGGUCGAGUGAUAUCUGGUCGUUCGGCUGUAUGGUCGCAGAAGUCCUGACUUACAUGAACAAAGGUCCUAGUGGUGUGAAGAAAUUUGAGGCCGCCAGGGUCUUUGUCGUACGUGGCCUAAAGCUAUGGCGUUUUCACUAUGGCUCAGGGAAAGAGAGCGGACCAGUUCUUCGCUGGAUCGAAGAUUUGAAGCGCCAAUGCCAAGGACAUGAAGAACAGCUCGCCAUUCUCGCUCGGGAAAUGCUCUCUAUACGACCAGAUAGGCGUCCACGUGCUCCAACCGUCAGACACAGACUGUACGCUAUUGCAAUAAAGGCCACGACAAAGCCAAUUGAUCAUCUGUACAGCAUGGUAGUGCAAAGUCGUGGGAGUAUUCAGGUAUUCGUCGAACAGAAGAAAUUCGAGAGUUGGAAGCAGGUUUGUGGGCUCGAAAUGACAGACCGUGGGUCUAUACCUGAUGAUCCAUUGGAUUUCAAGUCGCAUGAGGCGUUUCAGUCUGUCAUAGCCAAUCUUUGCGACCUCAAUAGCACGUUGAGGCUGAUUGAAGCUGACUCUCAGGUUUCGAAAAGCUUGCUACCACCCCGAUUGCAAACGUUGACUGCCCAUCUCUACGAGAUGCUGUCAACGGUGUUACAAGAUAGGGCAAUGUGCCUUUGGAAGACCAGUGUGCUUGAGACCUCAGAUGAAGGUCAACUUGAACAAGUAAGCAAUGAAGUAGGAGGAGAAGAUCUAGGUAGUGAUAUUGGAACGCUGGCUGCGAUCAAACGAAUGCGAGUCUUGGUCCAGAAGCGCUCAUACCAGACGGGAUCUCUUUUCCUCGACUGUGGCCAAUUACAAAACCAGAAGCUGUCGGAGAGUUUCUCGUCACAAUACGUCAUACCCAAUGACGCCAAAACGACGCCCGUGUUAGUAGAACGCAAACACAUCGAUAUACAUGAUAAGGGAGACCACUUCAGGAUAGAAAUUCUAGACCGCCUCGAAGAGAUCGCGGUGCUUGUCAACUCUGCUGCGAGUCGCAAAAGUCUCCGCGUCCUUCGCUGCCUAGGCGUAUAUCACGAUGAGGCGCAUAGCGUCUUCGGUAUGGUAUACGAAUUUCCGGAUCUUUCGAUACCAAACACCGAGCCGCAGGCCACUACACUGGCGGCAGCUCUGGAGCGGAAACCUGGCAGUCGCGAGUUGCCCCUACUCGGCGAUAGGUUUCGGCUUGCACACGACUUGGCUGCUGCCCUGUUCAGAUUCCACAGCAUCGGAUGGCUGCACAAGAGCAUCUCAUCUAAAGUCGUAGUAUUCUUUCACAACAAACAGACGGCUUGGAGCACGGACGGGCAGAACUGGUACCUGCGUGGAUUUCUGCAUAGCCGAUUGGAUGAAGGGUUCACAGAGGGAAUUACCAGCGAUCCUGAAAUGAUGGAUUUCCAGCACCCGGACUACCUUAGUGGCCUCAAAAGAGGAUUGUGGCGCUAUGUAUCCCAAUUUGAUUACUACAGCCUUGGCAUCGUCCUUCUCGAAAUUGGCUUGUGGAGUUCGCUGAAAGACAUGAUUGGAAAAUGGGCAGGCAAGCCAGAGGAAUUGAGAGAGAAGCUAUUGAGCUCAGCAGUACCUCAGCUUGGACCUCGUGCGGGUACCUCAUAUCGUGACGCUGUGAUAACUUGCUUGACUGGGCGUUUUGCUGGAAUCGAGGAUGAAGACCCCACCGCGUUACACCUCAGCUUCAAGGAUAUGGUUGUCGAUGAGCUUGCUCAGUGCAAGGCAUGA